AUAAGGCAUACCAAAGACGAGCAGAUGAUGUUCGGCAGAAAUGCGAGAGAGCAGCGAAACGUCUCCGUCUCACUUGCAAGUGGUUCAACAGGCUUGCAACGCCAUACUGUUUCCGCGAAGUCCAUUUCGACAUGCUGCAAGACAGUCUGGAACGGAUGAUCAAUAUUGCGUUGGACAAGACGCUUUCGCAGUACGUGGAGACACUUGUGUUCCGACCCCGUGAACUUCGGGCUCCCGGAAGCUUCAAGGAAUGGAAGGGGAAAAUCGAAAGAUUCGUGGGUAAUGAUCCUUUGCUUCUAGCGGGAAGUCCACAUGGCACUCUGCAAAGCCCAUACAGUACUUCCAUGUCUGACCAGGAGUUGCGCGAGCUGUAUGACUUGUACAAGGCUGAUCGCGAGGCACCCAUGCAAUUUCUCGACUGCUAUUUGGGCCGAGAGCGGGAGUCCAAAUCAAACCCGAUGGUGCUUCUGGGUAGUUGGUUUGACCUUGCAAUCGAAAACCUCCAUCAGCUGAAGACUUUUGAGGCAAUACCAGACCCCGAUGACUGUGUGUGGCGGGGAAUCCAGUUUCUCUCAUCUUAUCCCUGGACUGCGCUGGACUCGGAGGCCCAAGCGCACCUAGCAUGUAUUCUGGUGGCCCUAGGACGAUCCUCUACCAAACCCAGGUCCAUGGUCUUUAACACCAUUGGGGGUGCAUUUUGGGGUGAAGAAAACCUUGAAUUUCUCUGGGGCGAGAUUCCACUCAGUGAGCAGAAGUUGUUCAUCAGUGAUACCCGCAGCGGACAAAUUGAAACAAGUCCGUACUGCGCGCAAAUUUGGUGGAUGAAGCAAGCCUUCACAAACAUUACAGAUCUGGAAUUUUCCGUGGAAUGCGACGAAAAUCUCUUCCAUGGAAUUGUCCGACCACUUGCAGACUGCCUUCGUGCAGCCGGAAAUCUCGAACGACUUGUCUUUGCAUGCAAAGCCGACAGCGCGUCCACUCUUGAGCGUCCCGAAUGGGAUAUUCUUUCUCAGCUUGAGGAAGUUCAAUGGCCGAGGUUACGCCACCUACAUAUGGAACUUUUGACAACUGAAAAGUCUCUAACCAGGUUGCUCUCUCACAUUGCUCCUACUCUCCGCUAUCUCAGCCUUGCUUAUGUGCAAAUUUUGCCGUAUCAAGGUAAGUGGGAGCGCAUUUUCAACCACAUGGCCAAUGUACUAUCAUUGGAUGAAGUUUGCCUCGUGCAGCUGAAAGACUAUGAGGCUUCCAGAAGAGAAGAAAGUGACUUCCGGACGUUGUUCAACUUGAAAGACCUCCAAUACAGUCUCAAUGAAGAGGAAUCCGAUGAACAGAAAGGUUCCAAAGCAGAUGCGUAUGGGCAUUACGAAAGAGAGGUCUACGAUUACAUUUUGAAGAAAGUCGAUGUAAUCCCCACGUUUGAUCAAGAGUCGUUCUAUGUGAAACAUCUGAAAGACUGUGCAUGGUGCAUCAUGCAUCCAGCCAAGCUUGUUUACGAGAACGAGGACUAGAAUUGUUCAGGAGUGAGGAGGGUCAGAGUAGAAGUGGUGCUUUAAGACACAUAGACGUUAGAGCAUUAGACUAGAUUAGGAUAGAACAGAACAAAUAGAUGGCAGGAGCCAACUGUAGAACAUCCACCGCACUCAGGUUCU